ACCGUAUUGGUAACACAUCCGGUUUGCACAACGGUGGUGUGACAGAAUUGGAUAUUGUAGCACGUUCGUAACAUUAUAUGUAUACGCUUAUUUCUUUUCUCCAACAAACUGAAGAAACCCGAGAUAUUUGGUUUCUUCCAGUACCCUCUUCCUCUCUUUCUCUCAUAUUAAACAAUUGAUAUUACAUUCCAUUAGGCUAAAAUAGUUCUUUAAAAAAAAAGACAUGAUGAUGAUGCCUAUGGAGAGCUCAGAGAACAGAAUUAUUGAGAUCACAACAGCACUUCAAAAUGAAGAAAUAGUAAAAUUGUCUUCUUUGUUCUCAAAAAGAAUGACCUCCAGUGGUGAUGCUGCUUCUGACACAACCACAACGACAGGAGUAACAGCAAUAGAAGAGGGAAAUUCGAAAAAGUUCAUUCCAAGCUAUGCUGUACGAAAUGGAGAAGGAGCCAUUACCUCAUCCUAUAUCAAAAGCGACCCAACCGUGGCUGGUGCAAAUGAUAUUCAAUUAACUAAAGGUUCAGUAACAAUAAAUAAUCUGAAUCCUAGAGAACAGGAAAAGGAAGAUGAACCCAUCAUUAAAGGCUUGGAUUGUUUGAUGAACAAUGAAUUUAUGGCUGCUAAAACAAUUUUCGAAAAGAAGGCCCAAAGGUAGACCAUCCGCUGCUCCAUACAUAAACAAACUUUGUUGCUAAAAGUCUCUCUAUUGUCCGGCAAUAAAUCAUUUGCCCUAUGCAGUGACCCUUUGAGUGCUUUGGCUCUCAGUUCAAUGGCCUUUUUAAAAGCCG